UAUCUCUUCCUUGUUGGAGUGUAUAUAACCUGGGUACUUGAAGGUACAGGAAGGUACUUCACACCCGCUGUCUUUGACGAGAUGGCAGCUACAAGUCUGCUCUUUGGUUUGAUUGUGUUAGUCUGUGUUGACAGAGGCUAUUCAUGGAGUGGAAAUGUUGCAGUUCAGUGGGCUGCCGUUACGUCACCAGACGUGUCUGUGCCUACCAGACAUGGGCGGCCUGCUGCUCUUGGAAGAUCAUACAAGAAACUCAGUACUACACCAACUACUUCUGCUGCAACGGCUGGACACACGAUGGCAACCAGAUCUGUAACUUACCGGUGUGCAAUCCUCCAUGUCUGAAUGGCGGGACGUGUGUCAGCCCUGGCUUGUGUCGGUGUCCAUACCAGUAACGGUCCUCGGUGUGACCAAAGCGUAUGUUCCCACGAGAGUCCUUGUUAUCCGGGUACGUGUAUUCCACCAAACGGCUGUAACUGCGACACUGGCUUUACAAACCCAACAUCAUUAUUAACGGACCGCUGUCUCAAAAUUCAAGAUGUCAAGGUCGCUGACCUCCAGAUCUUCCAGAUGCAAGUGCGUAUGUCUUACUGGCCGCGCAACAUGACCCCGCCCAUGGAGAAGUAUGCCAUCUUGGCGGAUUCCACAAAUUUAAAUGGCGCCAUAGACUUCCUGUGGUCAAACCGCAGAAACUUCAACAAUUUGCAGGCGACAUGUUCCAGCCAGUUCUCUCUGUCUGUCAACUACCCACCCCCCUACGUGAACAAUGUCACCUUUGGCAUCGUCAGCGCCAACGUGGUUGUCCUGCUCACAAAGCUUCCUUCUGGAUCUGGCGGCAGCUUCAUCUCUCUGAAUGUGACGAUACCAUGUGACCGCCAGGUGACCAGCACGGCGCCGGAGACUCAGCUGUUCAUGUGUAACAUCACCAAUCCCAACUUCGAUCGCGUCAUCGAACACGGAGACACCAUGCAGGUGACAUACAAAACCUCCGGUGGCGGGUUUCGCAGGCUCGUGAACCUCAACACAAAUACUGUUUUGCCCGCCCAGACCUUCUAUUCUGUGGAAUCUAGUCGAUCCGUGGAAUUUCGCUUCGACUACCAGCCCCCUACCCACUGCGGUGAGACCAGCAGCUGCACCAAUGGAGAGAACAUGCUGACCGUGUCAGAGGUCACCAGGACAAAUCCGGUUAAAAUCGUCUGGAACGGGUGGCAGGACAGUGAUUCCAAAAUGUUCCGCUACUCGAUGGAGGUGUUCAAGAUGACCAAAACAUCGGACGGCAAGCUUGAGAUCAGGAAUGACAAAGCUCUCGACCCUCUCAUCAACAGAGAGGUGAUGCACGCGGCCCUGGGCCCUCAAGAGUACACGCUGCCGGGCCCGGGGAUGUACUCGGUCAUCCUGGAGGCGGCGGACCUGGGCAACAACACCAAGUACGUCCGGCGUCUCUGUCUCUUUGACCCCGACUCUCAGAUCACCGUGGACUCGCAACAACGACUGUACGUGCAGGCAGCCAACCAACAGACCAACUACACGUACAUCAACAACGCCUCGGCCCCUCUCGUGGUCACGUGGCCAGAUACUUCCGCAAUGCUCUUCACGAAGAUGAAGCUCUCCUGGGCGCUGUCCUGCCAUACCCUGUACAACUGGAAGACGGUCUCAAAAAUAUUCCCACUAGCACUACAAGAGAGGACCACGAAGGGCGCAGAACUGUGGACAGCAUUGGAAACGAAAGGGGCAUAAUAAAUUUCAAAGUUUCUUAUAAUAAAGAUCACGAAGGAGGCAAAAUCCAGCCAGCCAACCCACCUUCAUGGAAUGAUAUAGGUCUCAGUACUACCUACACCAUUUCUGACAAACUCAGUGAAGGGGACACGCUCACCGUGUGGGUCAAGGCCACUGAUUACGUCAACAACGAGCUUGUGCAGCGCAUUCACGUGACCCUAGACUCCACACCGCCCCAGCUACAGACUGCGAAUACAGGCUUCCGCAUGAA